AUGUCUUGUCCGGAUCAAAUUUUCACCUACGUCUUUGGCGACCAAACACAUGAUAUCGCAGAUACCUUGUGCAGUUUGGUAAAAACGCAUCAAGACCCACUGGUAAUCGACUUCAUCGAGCGUAGCUGCGGAGUGCUGAAGCAUGAGGUAGCUCGCUUGUCACCAGAGCAGCAGAAGCAAUGCCCACGCUUCGCUACCUUGGCGGACCUGAUCUCCCUAUAUAGAUCUGGCAAACUCAACCCCUGCCUCGUCCAGGCCUUGACUUGUAUUACACAACUUGGCCUCUUUAUCCGUCAACACAGCAGCGGAUGCCAAGUUUACCCUGGCUCUGAGAGUAGCUGCCUGGCUGGUAUCUGUACCGGUGCGCUCGCAGCUGCAGCAGCGAGCUGUGCUCACAGCGCACCCAGCCUAACGUACCCGGCUCUCCAUGCUGUAGCUGUUGCAGUUCGUCUGGGUGCACUUGCAUGGGACGUUGCCAAUCGAAUUACAAACCGAGAAGGCACUACUGCUGGAAGCAACACCUUUGAAUCCUGGUCUCGGGCUGUGACAGGACCCAGCCCCAAAGCCCUCGCUGAUGCCUUGCGCCAGUAUGCUGCGGACACUGGCCUGCCUGUCACUGCUACUCCUUAUAUCUCGGCUGUGAUUGGUCCUAACCAAGCAACGGUUUCUGGUCCGCCUGCCGUUCUCUCCGAUUUCUUUUCUUCAGGCAUCGGCAAGUCUUUCGCGUCUACGUCAUGUGCACUGCGCAUCACAGCACCUUACCACUCCAAGCUUUUCUAUAGUGAGCUCGACAUCGCGCAAGUUCUCUCUGGCAUCCCCGAGGAUGACGCUCCUCGAGCUCGCAUUCCUAUUAUAUCUACUAGUACUGAGGGCCAGGUACUUCCUAAUACUGCAACCCUCCGUGACGCACUCGAACAGGCAGCUCGCGACUGCCUUGAGCGGGAAAUGGCCCUGGAACAAUUACCAAUCCGCAUUGCUGAAUACGCAAAGCUCGUAACGAAGUCCGAAUCUGACAACAUUACCGAAGUUGUCAUUCAACCGUUCGCUUUCCACAGCACAGAACGCCUGGUAGCUCCUGUUCGCCGCCUGCUAUCGUCGGAUUCUUACUGUGUGAAAGAGAAGUCCCACUUGAUGCCGGAAGAUUUCUAUUCACUAGCUGCCAAUGGGGCCUUGGGCUCCGACGGGGGUUCCUCAAAGUCGCCUAUUGCUAUUCUUGCCGCUUCUGGCAGGUUCCCCGGAAACGCUGACACUAUGGACGAAUUCUGGGACAUCCUCUACAACGGUGUUGACACUCAUGAGAUGGUUCCUUCUUCUCGAUGGAAUGCCGCAGCUCAUGUCGGCGAUACCUCAGUAAAGAAUGUUUCAGGCACUGGCUUUGGCUGCUGGCUUCACCAAGCCCCUCACUUCGAUGCCGCCUUCUUCAAUAUGUCCCCUCGUGAGGCCGCUCAAGUGGACCCUGCUCAGCGCUUGGCUCUCUUGACUGCUGCUGAGGCACUUGAGAAGGCUGGUAUUGUACCUGAUCGUACGCCGUCUACACAGAAGCACCGUGUAGGUGUUUGGUUUGGUGCUACUAGCAACGACUGGAUGGAAACAAACAGCGCGCAGAACAUUGACACCUACUUUAUUCCUGGCGGCAACCGUGCUUUUAUUCCUGGCCGCAUCAACUACCACUUCAAAUUUAGCGGCCCGAGCUACACUAUUGAUACUGCCUGUAGUUCUAGCUUGGCUGCUCUACAUUUGGCAUGUAAUGCACUUUGGCGAGGUGAAGUCGACACUGCCAUCGUGGGAGGUACCAACGUUCUGACUAACCCGGAUAUGACGGCCGGACUGGACAGGGGCCACUUUCUGUCUCGCACUGGCAACUGUAAAACUUUUGACGAUAAUGCCGAUGGAUACUGUCGUGGCGAGGCUGUUGUCACAAUUAUUCUGAAAAGGCUGGUCGACGCGCAGAAGGACAAGGACCCUAUUGAGGCGUGCAUCCUUGGCGUUGCUACGAACCACAACGCCGAAGCUGAAUCAAUAACACGACCACACGCUGCUGCCCAGAAGGAACUUUUUGAGCAUAUUCUGGCAGAGACCAAGGUCAGAUCAAACGAAAUCAGCUACGUUGAGAUGCAUGGCACUGGCACUCAAGCUGGCGAUGCAGGAGAAACCACUUCAGUUGUCACUUCGCUCUCUCCAUUGACUGCCCGUGGCGUAUCCGUUCGUCCAGCAUCAGAUCCUCUCUAUCUUGGUGCUGUAAAAUCAAACGUCGGUCAUGGUGAAGCUGCAGCUGGUGUCACGAGUCUCGCUAAGGUGCUCAUGAUGAUGAAGCACUCCACGAUUCCUCCACAUAUUGGCAUCAAGACUAAGAUCAACCAUAGACUGCCUGAGUUACAGGAGCGUAACACUCGAAUUGCCACAGUGCCUACUCCCUGGCUUAGGCCACAUAACAACAGCCGUCGAGUUUUGUUGAACAACUUCUCUGCCGCUGGGGGCAACACCGCUAUCGUCCUGGAAGAUGCCCCUCCUGUCGAUCAUAACUUUACAGGCCCUGACCCGAGACGUCAGCACAUCGUAACGAUUUCGGCUAAGACUGCAGACUCUCUAGUUGCUAACCUUAACAACCUUAUUAAAUGGCUUGAUGAAGGAGCGCCGCAAGAAGACCCCAAUCUUCUCGCAAAGCUCUCGUACACAACUACCGCUCGUCGAAUGCACCACCGUUACCGGGUUGCCGUCAUGGCAACCAGUGUGCCACAACUUAAAUCCUUUUUACAAAAGCAACUGGAUUCGCGGAGCGGGGGUGAGAAGAUUCUCCCAGUGCCCGCCAAGGCACCCGGCUUCAUCUUCACUUUCACUGGACAAGGCUCGCCUCAUGCUGGAAUGGGAGCAGACCUGUAUUCACGCUUCGCUUCAUUCAGGUCUAACUUACAGCGUUACGACCACUUGUGCAUCCAGAUGGGGUUUCCGUCUAUCUUGCCUUUAUUUGAGCGACGGGACUAUUUCAACUGCGCUUCAUUAACUUGUCUUCAGUUGGCACACGUUUCCUUCCAGAUGGCUCUGUGCAAACUGUGGGAAUCGUUUGGUAUCAAGCCGAAGGCAGUCGUUGGCCAUAGUCUCGGCGAAUAUGCGGCGCUUUACGCUGCUGGAGCUUUGUCUCAGGCUGACGCCAUCUAUUUAGUCGGCAAGCGAUCCCAACUAAUGGAACAGUAUCUGGCUCGAGGCACUCAUGCAAUGCUUGUUGUCAUGGCGGAAGAGGCAACCGUUCUUGCUGCCAUCCCUGGAAUUAUUGGGCGCGACCUUGAGGUUUCUUGCCGAAACAGAAAGCACAACAUUGUUUUAGGUGGAAAAAUUGCCACCGUGAAGGAAUUCCGAACUGUUCUCGAGUCGAAGGGUAUACGAUGUCACAUUCUUGACACAGCCCACGCCUUCCACACUUCUCAGGUCGAUCCAAUCCUUGCUCCAUUCCGCAAAAUUGCGAAGAGUAUUCAGGUUCAGAAGCCGGUGAUUCCUGUCAUCUCGCCCACCAAAAGUAAAGUCCUCCGAGAUUCUACCGAGUUUGGAGAUGGCUACUUUAUCGAGCAUUGCCGCAACCCAGUCAACAUCAUGCAGGCUGUGUCUGUCGCUAACGCAGAGGGUGUUUUGGAUGAUCGCACCAUUGCUGUUGAAAUAGGACCUGCUCCAGUUGUCGCACCGAUGGUCAAAGAGGUUAUCGGCACAACAAUGCAGACGUUUGCAUCUGCACACAAGACCAUCGACUCGUGGCAGUUGUUGACGGAGGCCUUCUCUGGUAUGUACUUGUCAGGUGCAAGUAUCGAAUGGAAUAGAUACCACGAAGACUUUCCAGAGUGCCAGCAGGUUCUCCAGCUGCCCUCAUACGGAUGGACGUUGAAGGAAUACUGGAUGCAAUACACCAAUGACUGGAGUCUCCGCAAAGGCGAUGCUGUUCCCGCUAUGAGCCCGGCACAUCUAGCCUUUUCAUCUAUCUACAAUAUUGUGGAGAAUACCCUUCGGCCCAGUUCCGAUGGCGAGGUAGUCGUGGAUAUCGACCUCAAUGCCGACGAUGUGCACUCCAUGGCUCAAGGCCACAAGGUUUAUGGCGUACCUCUUUGCACUCCGUCUGUAUACGCAGAUGUCGCUCAGAUGAUCGGCAAUUAUGUGAAGCAGAUUACUGGGAUGGACGUUGACAGUGUUGCAACAGAGGUCGCAGAUAUGCACAUACAGAGCGCUCUUAUAGCCAACGAUAUGGGUAACAAGCAGACCCUUCGCACCGAGGCUAAAUUCGACGUCGUCAAAAGGGUGCUCUCCUGCACUUUCUCCACUCUUAAUGACAAGGGAGAGGUUGUGGAGCAGCAUGCCAACUGCCAAAUUCGCUUUGUUGACGUCGAAGCAACCCGAAUGCAGUUCGAGAAAGCUGCAGCGGAAGCUCAGCUUCGCAUCAAGGCCAUUCAGGCACAAGUCGGAGAUGAUGACAGCACCUUCCGAUUCAGCAAGUCUAUGAUUUAUAAGAUGGUUGGCCAGCUUGCCGACUUCGACCACAAGUAUCGUGGCCUGUCUGCCGUUACCCUCAGCAACAAAACUUUUGAGGCCACAGGCACUGUUUCUUUCCACGGCAUUAAUGACUCCGGCAAAUGGUACUGCAACCCUGCUUUCCUGGAUUCCAUCUCUCAGCUGGCAGGCUUUGUCAUGAAUGCCAACGAGGGUGUAGAUCUGGAGAAAGAACUGUUUGUCAACCACGGAUGGGAGUCCAUGAAGCUGUUUACGCCCAAGCUUGAUGCCCACAUGACUUACUACUCCUAUGUCAAGAUGAACGAGGGCAAGGACAAGUUAUGGACUGGAGAUGUCAUCAUCUUUGACCAAAACAAGAAGCUCGUGGGCGUUCUUGGUGGUGUUGCGCUUCAGGGCGUGCCGAAGCGACUCAUGAGCUACAUCAUUAACUCUGCCAUGAAGAAGGUUUCCAGAAGCAGCGCUACAGACAAGACACUUCAUGGACCGCAACUAGGUCAUACCUCCGACAUGGAUUUAACUUCCAGAGACACUGUUGCAGGCGAGGAGCAAGCCGUUGAAAAUGUCCAGCAGCACACCACCGACUCAUGGCCUAUUGCGCUUAAGAUUUUAGCUGAUGAGAUUGGUCUCGCCGAGGCCGAGCUUGCCAACGAUGUUAGUUUGGCUGACGUUGGGGUUGACUCUCUUCUAUCGUUAGUCAUCUGUGGCAGACUUCGCGACGAGCUGGACAUUGAACUGCCAGAACGUGCACUCUUUGAGGAGUGUCUGACUGUUGGUGACAUCAGGAUGCGCGUCUCUGGUACGGUCGCUUCCUCUUCGGGAUCAUCGGCUUCACAUGAGAGUGAUAUUCUGAGCGUCGAGUCUGACACCGCGUCUUCCAUCGGUUCCCAGGACUUGGAGAGCUCGAUGUCUCCUUUCUCUGCUGCGAUGACACCAAAUAAUGGUCUCGAUACUCCAAGCAGUUGUCCCACCCCAGUUUCCUACUUUGAGAUCAAUAUGGGCGAUCUGAAGGAGAAGGAUCAAGUCUCAACUCCAACUGUUGUUUCCACGAUCCCUCCUGCCUGGUCCAUGUAUUUGCAAGGAUCUCGCGCUCGAUCAAAAAAGACACUAUUUCUUUUCCCUGAUGGGUGCGGAGUGGCUACGUCUUACCUGAGCCUUCCGUCUAUCUCACCUACUACGGCUCUUGUUGGUUUUAACUCGCCGUUCGCAAAGAAUCCUUCCCGCAUGUACGAUCAUACCCUCCAGGACGUGUUACAGUCAUACAUCGCUGGUCUGCGCAACCGUCAGGCCCACGGCCCCUAUCACCUAGGCGGCUGGUCGGCUGGAGGUAUCCUUGCCUUUGCUGUCGCUCAAGAACUCAUUGCCGCUGGCGAAGAAAUUGCAUCUUUGACACUUAUCGAUUCCCCCCCGCCCAACAACGGCUUAGACAGUUUGCCCGACAGGUUUUACAACCACUGCAACAAGGUUGGGAUCUUCCGUAACGAGAUGAGACGUGGAGUAGAGCAAUGCGAGCCGCCCCAAUGGCUGAUGCCGCACUUUCGAGCCUCGACUGAGCUUCUUCGUGACUACCACGCGCCUGCUAUGGCACCCGAAGCAGCCCGUAAGCUGCGCGUUAACAUCAUCUGGGCUGGUGAAUGCGCGUUUGACGGCGUGCACUAUCCACACAUUCCUCCUGCAAUGAUGGAGGGAGAAGAUUGUCAAGGUAUGAAGUUCUUGACUGAGCGCAGGAAGGACUUUGGGCCUGGUGAAUGGGCCCUUUUAUUCCCUGGGGCAUCUAUCACCACCAGGGUUAUAGAGGGCGAGCAUCACUUUAGCAUGAUGCGUGGUAGUGGUGCAGAGAGAUUGGUCAAAUUCGUUCGUAGUGGCCUCUGA